CCGUGCACGUCUCUAAACGCUCCCCCCGUCCACCUUGUUUGUCCAGAGCGAGGAAACACAGCACGCGAUUAGCGACGACAUGGGGUCCCAAGCGGACGGAGGGGGAGGCGGUCUAGUCGUUGAUACAAUGGCGACGGAGGCAUCAGCCGCACCGGCCUGGCGGCACCUCUCCUUCUACGAGCACACUGUCGUGCGAGAUGCGUCCGACUUUGCCAGGUCUCCGAGCGCACUUCGAGCCACCAACGAGAUCUCGACAGUGGCUGUCGGCAGCAGCGGCGGCGGCGGCAAUAAGGCCUCGGCGUACGUACUCGUCGGUGACUUCUCGGGAGGUAUCAGAGUUCUCGAUGUCGACACAUAUUUCGAGCUGGGGACGUGGCAGGCUUUUCAUGGCGGGCCAACGUCGGGCCGAGUCACACACCUGUCCUGUGAUUCCAAGGGCAGGGCCGUGACGCUCGGCGAAGACGAGAGCUCGCGGUUUCCCGUCCUUCGCAUCUGGCAGCUCAACGUCGAUCGUGGCACAUCACAAUGGACCCCACCGACGCUGCUCGCCGAGGCAAAGGUUCAACAUGGCAGUCGACCUCAUCCUGUUGCCGCCCUCGCGCACACACCCUCGCUCUCUUUUAUUUCCAUCGGGCUCGCAGAUGGGUCCGUGCUGCUCCUCCGAGAUGUCGAUGAGGUCUUAAAGGGAACAGCACCUGUCACGCUGCCGAGAUUCAAGGUUGCCUUCCAGCCCUCAGCAAAGUCAAACGAGGGGACCGGGCAGGAGCCAGUCACGGGACUCGGCUUCGCGGAGCAGCAUCCCAAGCCACCCACUGCUGUGCAGGUGAAUGGCGAUGCAGUGGUCCGCCGAAACAGGGCAGGCUCACGCAGGCAACCGCUUCGGAGGAAAAUGACACCCAAUGGCGUGACUCCCAGGGCAGCAGUAGAGCAACCGCCGCAGACGGUCCAUCUCUUCAUCGUCACACUCUCACGCAUUCUAAGGUACACUGUCAUCGGAAAAGGAGCCGGAUCACCAGCAACCGUGGUAGACGACGUUGGCUGUGCACUGGGGUGCGCUUCUAUGAUACCCAGCCACAGUGCGCAGACGGCCUUGGCAGGCAAGAUGGUAAUUGCUCGCGAAGAGGCAAUUUACGUUGUGGGCGUGGACGGUCGCGAGGUCUGUCUAGCAUACGAAGGUCCUAAAUCUUCAAUACGGCUGUCGUCGACGCAGCUCGUAAUCAUCUCGCCUCCCAUCCAAGCCAGCGCAACUUCAGAGUCGCCCACCGUGAGGCAUCACGUCAAUCAACGCGACCGGAUGGGACGCAACAGCAAGAUCAACGUGGACGUGGCCAAAGCGACAGUGUUUGAUCUCGACAACAAGCUCGUAGCCUACUCGGCCACCUUUGACGGUGGCAUUCGCGAGGCGUGGGCCGGCAACAACGGCCAGCUCUUUAUCCUCGGCGACGACGGCACCCUCACUCGGCUCGACGAAAAGUCGCUCAAGGCUAAACUCGACAUCCUCUUUCGCAAGUCUCUCUUUCUCCUCGCCAUCAACGUCGCAAGGUCGCACACCGCACGCGCUACCACGGUGUCUCUCGAGACGCCCGUUGAGCCUCUACUGGCAGACAUUUUCCGCAAGUACGGAGACCACCUCUAUGCCAAAGGCGAUUUUGAGGGCGCCAUGAAUCAGUUUGUAAAGACCGUCGGGGUGACGCAGCCCAGCUAUGUCAUUCGCAAGUUUCUUGAUGCGCAGCGUAUCAAUAAUCUCGUCACCUAUCUUCAAGAGCUUCACAACCAGGGCCUGGCCAACUCGGACCACACGACGCUUCUCUUGAACUGCUACACCAAGCUGAAAGAUGUGACCUCGCUCGAUCGUUUUAUCAAACGGCCGCUGGCGGCCACCGCGGAUCGCGAGGGGGACCGCGAUCAACACGACGGAGGCAUAGAUGAAGAGGAUCAAGUGGAAAACGAGGAAGAACUUCCUUUUGAUCUCGAAACGGCUAUCCGCGUCUGCCGGCAAGCCGGUUACUUUGAGCACGCUGCUUAUCUCGCAAAGCGCUACGGCCAGCACGACGAGUACAUGCGUAUUCAGAUUGAAGACCUCGGCGAUGCGGAGACGGCCUUGUCUCACGUCUGCAGUCUAUCUGCUGAAGAGGCCGAGAGCAACUUGGUCCAAUAUGGCCGAGCGAUGCUCAAUAAGAUACCCGACAAGACGACCGACGUGCUCGUCGAGCUAUGCUCGGGCGUGUUCCAGCCGACACCCGUCGCCGUCGGAACCGGCGUCGAGGCGGCGCGAAGCAAGUCAACAGCGGCUGGCUAUCUCGCCUACCUCCAGGCCGGUCCAUUCGCGGCGGCAGCAAAAGGUACCAAUGCCGGUGCGGCGCCUGAAGGUGCAAGCCAGCUUGAGCCACAGGACAAGGAGGGAUACAAAAUUGGCGAUUUCAAGGCAGAAGAGGCAACACCUGCUGAUUCACCACCUAUCGAGGAACAUAGGAAGGGUGCCUAUCCGCUUCCUUCUCCUCGUAUCUUUUUCGCCCAUUUCAUCCGACACCCUGCCCAAUUCAUCCGAUUUCUGGAGACUGUCGCUCUCGCUCGGUGGGACCAACAGGUGGAUAUGGCCGAAUCUGCACCGCGUGCUCUGACAGCCCCUGAUGCCGAGAGGGACAACGACGACGAUGUGCUGAGGCAGCUGGGCAUUGAGCCUGAAGAUGGCUAUGAGGAUCUGGAGCGAAAGGAUCAGAAGGCAAUCUGGAACACGCUUCUGGAGCUUUACUUGCGCUCGUCAAGAAGAGAAUUGACUCGUCGGCAGGAAGGAGAAGGUCGAUCGCUCGUAGCGGCCGCCUCAGAGUCGACGCUAGACGAGGAGCAGCGUAUGGAGAGACGAGAGCGGGCAUCGAGACUCCUAGAGCAACACCAAUCCCUGCCGUACGACAUCACUCAGGCGCUCGUUCUCUGCUCUCACGAGAAAUUCACCCAGGGUGUUGUGCUCCUCUAUGAACGGAUGGGCAUGUACGAGGACGUGUUACGCCUGCACAUGGAUGCGGCAAGGGACGACGAAAUGAUGCCGUCACUCCGUCGAUAUGGGCCCUCGCAGCCUCACCUCUACCCGCUUGUGCUUCGAUACUUUUGCUCAACCGAAGACGUGCUGUCGAGACAUCGUCGAGACGUUCAAGAGGUUCUGGACCACAUCGAAGAGGUGCAACUCAUGGGUCCGCUUGAGAUUGUGCAGACCUUGAGCCGGACACCUGUGGCGAGUGUAGGCCUCGUGCGAGACCACCUCAUUCGAGCGAUCAAGCAACAGAAGCAAGACAUCGAUGCCGAUGACCGCCUCAUUGAAUCGUACCGAGCCGAGACGGACAAGAAGCUGGCCGAGAUUGCCCAGCUGACCGAUGCCUCGCAGCCUCUCGUCUUCCAGCACUCCACGUGCACUGCUUGCGGAGGACAGCUCGAUUUGCCCAGCGUCCACUUCAUGUGCAGACACUCGUUCCACCAGAGGUGUCUACACCGCGAGGAUCUCGAGACAGAGUGUCCAGCAUGCGCCAGGAGCCACGCAGUGGUUAGAGAGAUCCGAAGGAACAACGAGCAGUUCGCCAAGAGACACGACGUCUUUUUGGAAGAGGUCAAAGAGGCAGACGAAGGCUUCGAUGUCGUCGCAAGCAUGUUCUCAAAGGGUCUGCUGGGCGCAGCCCAGCUUGGUGGGACGCCGACAUCAUGAAGUGCUGUUCGUCUUGUCUUGGCUUUGAUAAUUUGAUUGAGCGAUGUUACAAUGUAUGCGUUUCCAGGUCAUCACCAUCUCUCCAUCCGAGACGCCCGACUCGGUUCUGGACUCCUGCCAUCUCUUGAAUACUGGGCUCCUCUGCGGGUGUCUUUCUCGUCCCUUCUGUCUCUAUUUCUGUCCCCUCGCUUCUUGUCCCAUUCCCUCUCGUCG